AUGGCAACCGAUGGGCCGCUUUAUGAGUAUAUCAGCGACGUCGAACGACUGGACGGAUAUCGACCCGGCGGCUAUCACCCAAUUCAAUUGAAUGAUAAGCUCCAGGAACGAUACUCUAUUAUCGAAAAGCUCGGGCACGGAUCGCACUCCACGAUCUGGCUCGCACGAGACGAAAAGCUGAGCAGAUACGUGGCAGUGAAGAUUGGGAUCGCGGACCACAGCUCUAAGGAAGCUCAGAUCCUGGAACAACUUUCGGCUUGCCCAAUCAAUGACUUGAGCGACCGUCUCCUCCCCCCCGUCCUCGACCAUUUUAAGCUCAUAGGGCCCAACGGGACACAUUCGUGCCUGGUCACCACGCCGGCCAGAUGCAGUCUCGUCGAGGCUCUCAAGGACUACGAUCUAUUCCCGCUUGAUGCCGCCAGAUCUCUCGCUGCCCAGCUUGUCAUAGCAGUGGCUCGUAUACAUACGCUGGGAAUUGUUCACGGAGACAUCCACCUCGGCAAUCUGCUCCUCCAAUUGCCGGGCGAAGAAAUCGACAAGCUUACCGUCAAAGAGCUCUACGAGAAAUAUGGCGACCCAGAGGCAGAACCUGUGGUAAGGGUCGACAAGCAACCGAUCACGUCGCUAUCUGUCCCAGCAUAUGCCUACACGCCAGCUUUGCUUGGGAAACCUGCGGAAGAGGUUACUCUCUCUGAAGCUAAGCUUAUGCUCACCGACCUUGGCACGGCCUUCUCACCUGCGUACGAGACUCGACUGCAAUCAUUCACGCCUCGCAAGACCCGUCCGCCCGAACCGCGCUUCGAUCCGACGACUCCCUUAUCGUAUGCAUCCGACAUUUGGAGUCUCGGCUGCAUCAUCUGGGAGAUCCUCGGCGUCAGACCAUUCCUCGACAUCUUCCUCCCAGAACUAGAUGAUGUCACGGCAAACCAGAUCGAUGCUCUAGGCCCGUUGCCAGACGAGUGGUGGGACGCUUGGGACGGGAAGUGGAAGCGUUUCGCCGCCAACGGUCAGCCGACGGAGGGCAGGCAGCCCUGGACCUUUGACCAGCGAUUCGAGGACGCGAUCCAGGGCCCGAGACGACGCAAGAAGCACGACACUAUGGGCAAGAGGGAGAGCAAGGCGUUCUGCGAAUUGAUCAAGGACAUCUUGAAGUUUAGGCCAGGGGAGCGGCCAACGGCGGAGGAUAUACUCCGGAGCCAGUGGAUGACUGAGUGGGCGAUGCGGGAUGCUAGGAAGACUUGGGGGUCGAGAGACUGA